AUGAGCAACGAGGCUACUGCUGUGCAGGCUUCGGAUAAUAAAAGUUCCGCAGUCGACAAUUUGAACGAGAGAUUGGGAUCAGACAGCAAUUACAAGGAUUCCAUUAAACAGGAACUUCAGCAUGUACAGGACUCCAUUUUGCCCAUGAGACUGCGAUUCAAUGAGCUUGUGAAUGCUAUGGCUUUGAUGGAGCAAAAAUCGGACGAAUCUGCGUUAGAGUCAUUCAACAAAAUGCGAACAAAGCUUUUGGAGUUCAUCAACGAAAUGCAGCUCUUUUCAGGUGAUUAUGGAAAGCUGCAGUCGCUAUUUGACAGUUUGCAAGAAGUUUCAAAGAAAGAAAACGCGACCACGAAGUUUAUUCCUCUGGAACGAUUAUUACGUCUGGACGACCCGUCCCAGCCGGCUACAGGUAAGGUUUCAACCGCGAGCUCGCCAAGCGCUAGUUUGGUAAGUGCGGGCAAGCAAGCGCCUUCCAACGCACAGACGCCCUUGAGUAACGUUCCCACUCCGUCUUCAACCACUGCCACACUGGCUAAGAAGCCUCGCAAGUCACGAGCCAAGAAAACGUCCGGUCCGUCACCAUCGUCCAUGCCUCCUCAGCCCCAGCAGGCAGCGCAACAGCAGCAGUUCCAACAGCAACUACAACAGCAGCAGCAAGCGCAACAACAACAACAACAACAACAACAACAACAACAACAACAACAACAACAACAACAACAACAACAACAACAACAACAACAACAACAACAACAGCAGCAGCAGCAGCAGCAGCAGCAGCAACAGCAUUUCACACCGGUUACAAAUCCCACUCAGAUUCUCUCCAACAUGUCACCCAUGAAUAUGAUGAGCAGCCCAAUGAACACGAUUUCACCUGUCAACAACUCAGCAUCAAUGUCCCAAAUGCCGUAUUCUGUUGCUGCAAAACCACAAAUGCAUCCACAACGCCACGUUCCCUCGAACUCCCAGCAGUUUAACCUCGAAAGCAUCACCCCGGCUAACAUCCUGAACAUGUCGAUGUCUGACUCGGGCAACACACCCCACACACAGCAGACGAAUCCUCUUCCGCAGCAACCCAACAUGAACCAGGACCUCAAUUCGCUAGACAUUAACAGUAUUGAUCUUUCGACUCUCAAUAUGGAUUUUUUGCAGUGA